AUGAUGCAAGCCCAGCUGCAUUGCUUGUGUCUCCUUAUACUGUAUUUGACAACUGGAUAUAGCCAACAGGGGAAGUUUAGUGGACCCCUGGAACCCAAGACAUUUUCUAUUUUUGAAGGCCAAGAAGCAAGUCAAGUCAUAUUCCAGUUUAAGGCCAGUCCUCCUGCUGUGACUUUCAAACUAACUGGAGAGACAGAUGGCAUAUUUCAGAUACAACCAGAUGGACUUCUAUAUCAUAACAGAGCCUUGGAUAGAGAAACAAGAGCUGUUCACAAACUCCAGGUCUCAGCCCUGGAUGCUCAAGGAACUAUAGUGGAGGGCCCAGUUCCCAUCACCAUAGAAGUGAAGGACAUCAAUGACAAUCGACCCACAUUUCUCCAGAAAAAGUAUGAAGGCUCAGUAAGACAGAAUUCUCGCCCAGGAAAGCCCUUCAUGUAUGUCAAUGCUACAGACCUGGAUGAUCCAGCCACUCCCAAUGGUCAGCUUAUUUAUGAAAUUGUCAUUCAGCUUCCCAAGAUCAACAACAUCAUGUACUUCCAGAUCAACAACAAAACCGGGGCGAUUUCACUUACCCUAGAAGGAUCUCGGGCACUGGAUCCAAGUAAGAAUGUUAACUACAAUCUGGUGGUCUCAGUGAAGGACAUGGGAGGCCAGAAUGAGAAUUCUUUCAGUGACACCACAUCUGUGGAUAUUAUGGUGAAGGAGAAUAUUUGGAAAGCACCAGAACUUGUGGAGAUCGUAGAAAACUCAACUGAACCUCACCCCAUCAAAAUCACUCAGGUGCAGUGGAAUGAGCCAGGUGCACAGUACUUCUUAGUUGACAAGGAGAAGCUGCCAAGAUUCCCAUUUUCAGUUGACCAGGAAGGAGGUAUUUAUGUGACUCAGCCCUUGGACCGAGAAGAAAAGGAUUCGUAUGUUUUUUAUGCUGUGGCAAAGGAUGAAGUUGGACAAGUGCUUUCAUUCCCACUGGAAAUCCGUGUGAAAGUUAAAGACAUUAAUGAUAACCCACCUACAUGUCCAUCUGCAGUGACCGUAUUUGAGGUCCAGGAGAAUGAAAAUAUAGGGAGCAAUAUAGGGACUUUUAUUGCCCAUGACGAUGAUGAAGAAAACACUGCCAACAGUGUUUUAGUAUACAGAAUUGUGGAUCAAAUCCCCACAUUUCCCAAGGAAGGACUUUUCCUGGUCCAAACCUACUCAGGAGUGUUCCAGUUAGCUGAGCAGUCCUUGAAGAAGCGAGACACUCCUCAGUACAACCUGACAGUAGAGGUGGCUGACAAAGAUUUCAAAACCCUCUGUCAUGUGCAGAUCCAUGUUAUUGAUAUCAAUGACCAGAUCCCCAUCUUUGAAAAAUCAGAUUAUGGAAACCUAACCCUUGCUGAAGACACAGUCGUUGGGUCCACCAUCUUAACCAUCCAGGCCACAGAUGCUGAUGAGCCAUUUACUGGGAGUUCUAAAAUCCUGUAUCGUAUUAUACAGGGAGACAGUGACAGGCGACUGGGGGUUGACACAGAUCCCCAAACCAAUGCUGGAUAUGUUAUAAUUAAAAAGCCUCUUGAUUUUGAAACAACAGCCAUUCACGAUAUUGUGUUCCAAGCGGAAAAUCCUGAGCCUCUGGUGUCUGGUGUAAAUUACAACGCCAACUCUUCUGCCAAGUUCAGACUUAUUGUGACAGAUGUGAAUGAAGUACCCAAAUUUUCCGAGCAUGUAUACCAAGCAAAAGUCAGUGAAGAUGUGGCUAUAGGCACUAAAGUGGGCAAUGUUACUGCCAGGGAUCCGGAAAAUCUGGAUAUAAGUUAUUCCCUGAGAGACAAUGGCAGAGGCUGGCUUAAAAUUGACCCCGUCAUGGGUGAAAUCUCUACUGUGGCUCGGCUCGACAGGGAAGCUGAGAGUGUGUAUCGGGUGCAAGUGGUGGCCACUGAAAUAGGUGGCUCCUCCCUGAGCUCCGUAGCCAGUUUCCACCUGACCCUCUUGGAUGUGAACGACAACCCCCCCCGGCUAGCCAAGGACAACUCAGGCUUGUUUCUGUGCCAUCCCCUCCAAACAACCGGAAGUGUCGUUUUCGAGGCCACUGAUGAUGACCAGCAGUCAUUUCGGGGUCCACAGUUUGAAUUUUCUCUUGGCAGUGAAAUCUUACAAAAGAACUGGCAAGUUUCCAAAAUCAAUGGAACUCAUGCCAAACUUUCCACCAGGCACACGAACUUUGAGGAGAGAGUUUACAACGUCCCAAUCCACAUCAAUGAUGGUGGUCGGCCACCUUUGAUAGGAAUAGUCUCUUUACCGGUUACUUUCUGCAAGUGUGUGGAAGGAAGCUGUUUCCGGCCAGCAGGUCACCAGCCUGGAAUGCCCACCGUGGGCAUGGCAGUUGGUAUACUCCUGACCACCCUUUUGGUUAUUGGUAUAAUUUUAGCAGUUGUGUUUAUCCGAAUAAAGAAGAAUGAAGGCAAAGAUAAUGUCGGAAGUGCUCAGGCAUCUGAAGCCCAACCUCUGAAAAACUGAAUUUGAAAAGGAAUGCUUGAGUUUAUGUACUGAGUGCUAUUUCAGUAACACAGCCACUUAAUCCCAUAAUUUUACUUUUUUAUCCAGCAUGUGCACUAUAAUUUUUUACAGAUAUACCC